CGAAGCAGUGCACACCUUUCCACAGCACAGCUGAACUCCCAGCACAGCAGCCUUCUGUAUUUGUUUGCCGACAGCUGCUCCUAUUUCUUCUGGACGUUUUAACAGGAGGAACACAACAUGAGAAUACUUUUACUACUGGCUGCCUCAGCCAUACUGUCACACGCCCAAAAUGACUGCUCAUGGGGGGCAUGCUACCCACCCACAGAUGACUUGCUCCAUGGCAGGGCUCACCAACUUCAGGCUUCAUCUACCUGUGGCCUCACUGGCUCAGAGGUCUUCUGUACCCCGUACCAACAGAGGAAGAUGAAAUGUUGUCCGUGUGACUCCAGGAACCCAAACAGUCAGCUGGCCCACAGUGUCCAGGAUGUUGUGUCCACCUCAGGGCCAGACAGAUGGUGGCAGUCUAAGAAAGAGACGAGUCCAGUUACCCUUCAGCUCAACCUUAACAACCUGUUCCAGCUUGACAAUCUGGUGCUCAACUUCAAGGGUCCUCGUCCCAGUGCCUUGGUCAUAGAGAGGACACUGGACAACGGCAAAACAUGGCAGCCCGCCCUCUACAUGGCAACAAACUGUCAAAAAGCAUUUCCCAGCGUACCCACAAGAGUUCCUCUUGCCAUGGACCAGACAUACUGCUACACACUGCCCCCUACAGACUCAAAUCCAUAUAAAGAUCACACAAUUCAGUACAGUCCUUUAGCUCAAUACGCUUACGUCGCCGCUCCCAAAAGCCAAAAGAUUGAAGAUGUGUCUGGGUUAACAGGGCUGAGGGUGAGAUUCACAGAGCUGGGUGAUGUGCCUCAUCUGCCAGGCAGGAGUCUCAGUAGGUUUUACGCCCUGAAAGAGAUGAAGGUGAUGGGCAGCUGUAUGUGCCAUGGACAUGCUAACCGAUGUCUGCCACAAGGAUACAGCAGUAACCUUCUGCCCAGUACUAUACAGGUGAACGCACAGUGUGACUGCCAGCAUAACACAGCAGGUGUGAACUGUGAGCGCUGUGCUGAUCUCUACAAUGAUUUGCCCUGGAGACCUGCAGAGGAAGGCAACACUCAUGCCUGCAAACGUUGUGAGUGUAACAACCACGCACAGCGCUGCCGGUUUGACUGGGCGCUGUAUGAGGCCAGUGGACAGAGGAGUGGAGGCGUGUGUGAAAAUUGUAUGCACCACACCACAGGGCCAAAGUGUGACCAGUGCGCUCCAGGAUACCAGCCAAACCCCCGCAGUCGAAUAGAUCGUCCUGAUGCCUGCAUACGCUGUAUCUGCAGUGCCGAGGGGACAGUGAACGGCGGCCGGUGUGAUGACAGCACAGGAUCCUGUCAAUGCAAAGUGAAUGUAGAGGGUCCCCGCUGUGACCGCUGCAAGCCAGGAUACUACGGUCUGAGCUCCUCCCACCCUCUGGGCUGCACUAAGUGUUCCUGUUCUCCACACGGCUCCCUUUCAGACGUCUGUGAUCCGUCGACUGGCCAGUGUCUCUGUCGUCCCCACUUCCACGGCAUUACCUGCAACGUGUGUGUGAAAGGCUACUGGAAGCUAAACAUGUCAGAAACCUGCAAACCCUGCGGCUGUGAUGCCACCAAGUCAACCACUGAUUCCUGUGAUCAGCUGACUGGGCAGUGUCAGUGCAGAUCAGGCUUUGGAGGCCGAACGUGUACAGAAUGCCCUGAUAACACAUAUGGAGACCCUCUGAAAGGCUGCCAGCCCUGUGACUGUGAUGCCAAUGGAACCCUCCCAGGAGUUUGUGACAAGCAGUCGGGAGUCUGUUUGUGCCGACCGGGCGUCUCUGGAGCUCGCUGCGACUCCUGCAGUCGUGACCGCUGCGACUCCUUCCCUGACUGCGAGAUGUGUCCCUCCUGCUUCUUCAGCCUAAACGCUCAGCGAAAGAAUGUCAGCUUGGUCCUGUUGGAACUUGCUUCCAGAUUAUCGUCUCAGUCUGGAGGCGGCGCUGACUUUGGGCCCCGCAUCAGUUACCUGGAGGCCACUUUGAAAGUCAUCCAGAACUCCAUGUCCUUCUCACCCAUCACUGAUACACGUGAUGCUCUUUCUAAGCUGAAGGAGCUCAGGUACCAGGUUGAUAAUGACCUUUCACCCCUGACAAAAACUCCUGGUCUGGACUCUGAGCUGGACAAACUGCAGGACCUGCUGGAAAACUUCAUGCUGGUGUACAAUGCCAAGAAAGAUGCCACAAAGAACCCUAUCAGUCCCAACACAGGGGCAUUUAACACCAUCAGCUACGCCUACGAUAACUCGACAGACGCCACCAAAAAAGUUGAGGCCGGGAAAAAUACCAUAAAGGAAUCAACUGGUGUCCGAGAAAAAACUGAGGACAUUCAGAGCAAAGUUCAGCCGGCCAACACCAGAGAUCUGGAUAAACUGAACAACAGCAUGGCCUCCCAACCCAACCUCACUCCUGUUGCCAAACAAGUGUGUGGCAGUGUUCACUCCGAGUCCUGCACACCUCUCCAGUGUGAAAUUGAAGAUUUGUGCACACCAGGGGGAGACGCACCCUGUGAAAAGGGGGGAAAGUGUGUGGGCGCUCUGCCUCUGAGCAAGAAGGCAGACGCUGAUGCCAAUGAUGUGAGGGAAGGACUCAACAAACUCUCUGGGAGGAUCACCGAUGCUGCAGAGAAGCUGCAGAAAACACAGGAGAUAACCAAUCAGGUGAGGCAGUCUACAGAGAAGCUGUCCAGUAAGCUGCAGCAGGCCAGAGAUAAACUCGAAGACGACCUAAAUGAGACACGCAGCGUUGUGAAAGAGCUCAAAGACUUCCUGUCAGACCCAUCCGCUAACCUGACCCAUGUCCAGGAGGUGAGCGACUGGAUCCUGAAUGCCAAGCUGCCCCCCAGAUUGGCAGGGCUUAAAGGGAAGCUGCAGGAGCUGAAGGAUCUGACAGCCAACCUACCAGACAGCACAGCGGUGCUGAAGGAAGCUGAGCCACAGUUAGAUGCAGCCAAGAAACUGCUACAGGAUGCACAGGAUGCCAGGGACACAGCACUGGGAGUGAAGGCUGAUGUUGAUGGGCUGCUGGCAGGCUUCACCUCAGUGAGCCCUUCCCUUGCUGAGCUGGAACACAAAUUGCAAGACAAAAUGAAUGUCCUAGAGACCUUGAAUAACAACCUUACUAAGGCCAAAGACCAGCUGGUGCCAGUAGAGAAGGCUCUGGACGAUGUAGCAACACUGAUAAAGCCAAUGAAACCCCAGCUGGAAAAGCUGAGAGACCUGCUGGAGGAUGGAGGUCAGCAGGCUGAAGAUGCACGGGAAAAUGCAGAAAAAGCUGAUAAAGAAGCAGCUGCUGGAAAUCAGAACCUGUUGACUCUGGAGAAGCACCUUGACCAUCUUAAAGAGAAAGUUGUUCCCGGGACAGAUGGUGAGACGGAGCCAGCGGGGGAUCGACUGAACAAACUGCAGCAGGAUGCAGGAGCUCUGGCUAACAUAACCCAAAACAUGCUGCAGGCUCUAGACGGAAAAGCCGACUCCAUCCAAAGACUGCAGGACGAGAUAGUUCAGAAAUCAACAAAUCUUGAACAGCUCGAUGUCGAGCUUAAAAGACUUCUGACACAACUCCGUAAAAAAGCUGACGAUCUCAGUACCUGCCAGGGCUGAGCUCACAUGUAGCAGUGCAGUUAGUAUGUAACUGUAAUAUAACACUGUCUGAGGAAUUACAACCAUUUUAUACAUACUCUCUAUUUUAAAGACUCAAAAGUAAUUGGACAGUUGACUGACAGGCAGUUUCAUUGCUGCACGCGACAUGUUGCUCAUUAAAAAGCUGAAAGAUUUGAUCCCAAAUGAUAAAUUUAUAUUUAGUGGCUGUUCACAAGAACUAGGAGCUCCGAGAUAAGUAAGUAGAGGCUGUCAUUAAAAAUCAAAAUAAAUCAGACAGACAGAUUAGAAACAAUAAAACUCAAAUUUAAAAUUUUGUGAGUUUACGUUUUAGACAAUGUAAUUCCUGCACAGGUGAAUAACAGCAUGACAGACUUUAUCUGAAAUACCCUGUGGUGGUGUACAGACGCAGUAUUCAUAGGUAUAAGUAUGAAUAUGCAGUAUAACAACUCUCACUGUACCUUCUACUGCUCGUCGUGCUUGGAGACCAAAGUUACUUCAGCAUGUACAGGUUACUCAGACCUGCGCUGUACCAGCUGCCUUUGAAUGAGAAACAUACGACAAGCUUUAAUGGAAAUGAAUUUCAGCUUCAUGAACACCAAAGCUGAUGUUUUUGGUCCUAUUUGAAUGAAACCUUACCUGUAUUUGUGCCAGUCACAUCUCUCAUGGUUUCAUAUUGCUGCCUGUAUAUUUAUCACUAAUCUGCAAUCUGUUUCAACGUUUCAUGUUCACAGCAACACUGCAUUUUUCCAAAGUGGAUAAAGGCUGAAUGUUCCCUUCUUUACCGAUUUGAAUCUGUUGUUCAUGCAUAACAGGCAGGAACACAACCGGUUUAGUGAGAAAAUGGUUGUUUGCUUGUUUUAAAUGGCUGUAUUUAAUUGUUUCUAUAAUUUAAAAAACUGCAUUUCACUACAUUUGUGGAAUAAAAUCUAUUCUUUAUAUCAA